AUGAGCUCUCUUGUAUCCGAUUUUCUCAUCAAUCCAGUUCUACGCCAAGCCCGCCGAUUCUCCCGUUCGAACCCUCCAGACAGUCAAGUUGACCCUGUCACGAAUCAGCGAGCCGCUCUCGAAGACACCCAUGAAGUCGCUGUUGAGGAUAUAGCUGAGCGCUUGGGGACCCUGGGGGCUUCAGUAUCUGGAGAUGGUGAUGGUUCGGCAAGGAUAACUGAGGCGGUCUUGACAUCGUCCCCGAUCGAAGAAGAUGGAGGGCUUGAUACCGAGCUUCGGGCUCUUGAGGAGAGGAGACCCCCAAGUGCGCCACCUGUACUUAGUGGUGCCAUGCCACAGAGAAUAUCAUCUCUGCUAUCAGACUAUGGUCAGAUCGACGAUGACAUGUCGGACAACCCGUCCUUUGGAAUUCCGAACAGAUUUCGAGCAAAUUCGGCUGCAAGCACUACAUUCAGCAACCACAAUGCGAUUAGUGCGAGGAUGAGUCCUGCUGAGGGUCCAUCUAGGCGCAGCACACAGGAUAGAGUCCAGUCUGGUUCGAAUAAUCGUCCGAGGAACAGCUCUUUGCCUGAAGAUGAUGGCAUGGGAGCAUUGAGGCAGCAAAUAAUCCGAAUACAGUCUAUGGACAUUUCAGGGGACCAAAAAGCUCGAUUUAUGCAUCAACUUCUUACACAGCAGUAUUUUGAGGCUCAGGAGAUUUUUCAUGCGAAACAGCAGCCCAUAGCGCCUUCUCGAACAAAUAUGAUCAGUCAGGAGAGGCCUACAACACCCGGUUCACUAAGCUCAUUCAUAUGGCAGAUGAACGGGGCUCCUGAACCAGCAAAUGCAGAUCAACAACACACAUUUCACCUGUCCCAAGAUGAUCUGAAGCGGACUUAUGCUCCUCCGGAUCCACCAGAAACAGACGAUGACGGGAAUGUGAUUAUGAAGGACGAGGUCGAAGUACUUGGCUGCAAGCACUACAAACGUAAUGUGAAGCUGCAAUGCUCUGCAUGUGACAAGUGGUACACAUGUCGAUUGUGUCAUGAUGAAGCCGAAGAUCAUAUAUUGAAUAGGAAAGCUACAAAGAAUAUGCUCUGUAUGAUAUGCUCGUGUGCUCAGCGAGCUGGUGAGUUCUGUGUCAACUGUGGAGAGAGAACCGCAUGGUACUACUGCGGUGUCUGCAAGUUAUGGGAUAACGAUGCCGACAAGAACAUAUACCACUGUAACGACUGUGGAAUAUGCAGGAAAGGCCGUGGUCUGGGGAAGGAUGUUUUUCACUGCAAGACUUGUGGUACUUGUAUGUCGAUGGCUAACGAGAAAUCCCACAAAUGCAUUGAACGAGUCUCCGAUUGCGAUUGUCCUAUAUGUGGAGAAUACAUGUUUGAUUCUCCUUCGCCUGUUGUCUUCAUGCUCUGCGGGCAUGGGAUCCACAGAGCAUGCUACGACCGACAUAUGAAGUCGUCCUAUAAAUGUCCCAUAUGCAGCAAGAGUACUGUCAAUAUGGAAACACAGUUUCGCAAUCUAGACAGAGCAAUCGAUGCCCAACCCAUGCCCCCCCAGUUUCGGGACACGAAGGCCAUGGUCUCGUGCAACGACUGUUAUGCGAAGAGCGCCGUCACCUACCACUGGCUCGGGUUGAAAUGUGCUAUUUGCGAUUCUUAUAACACCGCUCAAUUGUCAAUUUUGAGCGAUCCCGCGGUCGAAGUGCCACCGAUUGAAAGCAGAGAAGUCGACCAGGCUCCAAUUCCCGAUCAUCCAAAUAGGGAUUUCCUGUCGCCCAUCAACCAUCCUCCUGGACCAGUUCGUCACAGAAGGCACUCCGCACAUAUUCACAUGUCUUCGUCAUCGACAGGGGACUCGAAUAGAUAUGAGCCUUACGCCAGACGAGCACGCAUAGGCAGAUCUGUGUCUCCGGUCCGAGGACUCGGUUUCUUCAACGAGCCCGUUCCAAUUCAGGCUGUCGAGAGUGACGAUUCAGCAGAUGAGGAUGAUAUGGACUUCUGGGGGCGGGAUGAGCCACGGAGUGUUACUUCAUUCGAGAACAUUGAAGAUGAAAUGGGGGACGAUGAAGAAUCAGAUGAGGAUUCAGUAAUGGGAGACUGCGAUGAAGAUGAUGCUGAUGAUGAAGAGGAUGAAUUUGAACUCUUUGGGCACCGGUGA